AACACAUCUCAUCCGUCUACUAUGCACAGCUGCCACACGGCGUUUAUUACAUGCAGCUAAUGAAAGCGACAGAAAACCGUAGCCUAUCUAGCGCAUUACUCGAGGCCGUCGCUGAUGUCGUUGAACAUAAUUGUUUGGAAGCAGGAAGAUCCUGGAACACCACGUAUUUAGAAAGCAAGGAUGAGAUAGCAGGCAGAUGAAGGAACGCGAGCAGACUUCCAUCAUUUGCUACCGCAUGUAUGUACAGUAGUAGUAGAUACGUACCCGUGUUGGUGACCGUCACCGCAAAGAAGCAUGGGUCUCUGGACACUUAUCCGCCCAUACCCUGCCACGACAAUCGAGAGGGAACUGCCGCCUGCAUUCGCUUACUCGCCCACAGAGUCAAUGUCACGCAUGUCAACCAAACAAAUCGGGAAUCUAUACUCGAGCGUUUACUCGGUAACCGCAUUGCAUGGUAUUGGAGCGAUUAGGCUUGCUAUCGCUUCAAUCUCACUCGUCGCUGGAGUGGGAAGCUUAUUUUCCGAUUCAGGGUCCGCCGCCCAUCACCAUUCGCCGCGCAGCACUACCCAGUUAGCACUAAGGACCACUAAUCUAGCUGGAGCAGGCCCAGGCGAUGGCCAAUGGUUGUGUGCAGAUUUCCGACGAUAUCCAUGCCCAUUAUAUGGGCCCACGAGCAUUGAACCAGCGGGGGGCGGCUCACGCAAGUUUAUUACCACGAAUCCAGAGUUACAACUGGCCAUUGCCACAGAGUACGAGAGCACCUGCUCGUUCGGCCAACCAAAGGAACAAGGCAACCAAAUAAUUGCUCGGUUUCGCGAGAACAAAGAAGGCGAUCGGGUUUUUUUCUUCUUCUUAUUCUUCUUUUGGUUCACUUCCCUUAAUCGCCGGAAACCUAAUCCCGCCAUGAUGGCUACCGACUUCAUAAUGCCACGGCUGCCCGAUCAACAGCAGCCAUACGCCGGUCACUUCUACCCUCACCUGGCGCAACAGCAGUCGCAACUCACAAACCAGUCACAAGUCGCGCAGCUACAGCAGUUGCAACAGUUGCAACAGUCACAGCAGUCGCAAGCACAAUCACAAGCACAAUUCCAGCAACAAAUCCACUCUGGGAACAGCAGUCGCCAGAUCUCACCACUCAGCACCUCUAAUAACGCAUCGCCCACUUCACCCAAGUCGUACCAUGGACGUCAACUGAGACCUCUGUACAUCCCUGCUGUCUUGCGGCCAACAGACUACCCGGCCAAGAAGACGCCGACGAGGAAGAACGCCAAUGAUGAGGACGACGACAGCCUAAAGGCCAGCAGCAGCUGGUCCAGCCUGACUGGCCUCGGUGCUCUUGGACGAUUGACAAGACGCUCUACCGGCGACAGCGGCAAGUGCAUGGACAAUGAACUGAACUUGGACAUGUUCCCCAAGCCCACGGCGCAGCCCACUCGCGACCACUGGAAGCCCGACACCGAAGCUGCCAUUUGCGACGAGCCUUCCUGCAUGCGCCACUUCAACUACUGGACGCGGCGACAUCACUGCCGCAAGUGUGGUAACAUCUUCUGCGACAACCACUCCAACUACGACGUGCCCUUGGAUCAGAAUGCAAACUACAACCCCCGGGGCACUCCCAGCCGCUCAUGCUCCCACUGCCAUACCGAAUAUGAGGUUUGGUGCAGUCGCAAGAACAGUGAGCAAUCCGACGAUGCCGCAUCGGCGAAUGGCUCGCAGAACGGUCCCGACAGCCCCGUUGGCAGCACACCCACAGCUGUUGCUGCUCCAGGAAAGGGCAGGCUGCCGCAAGGGGCCGAGGUUGCAGCGAGCGUACCGCGAGACUGGAACUGGAGCACGUUCUGAGGCGACAAGCUCAUCAAACAAACAUCCCUACCUAAUCUCUCGGGCCACCUUCUCCAUGGAGGCACCCGACACAAUCCCAUGUGGACACCCGACAUAGCUCAGCAACUGUGGGCCUGACCUUACUCUGAGCCGAGGUGAUCCACUCGUCAUGACGAAACGGCCGAAGAACGAACGAACAUUAUAGACUAGAAUGGUAUACAACAAAGAGGAGGAUUAGACUGGACGCAUUAGAAGACGAUACGAAGCCGUGUCCGCGAACGACUCUCCAUGCCGGCUUUUCGAUAUUUGGAGCCUCUCA